CGUUACAUCACAGAGCCCUCAGCUGAGACCUCCAUUAGAAACCAACAAGGACCAGGACAUUACGUCACAGACCCCACAGACCCCUCAGCUGAGACCUCCAUUAGAAACCAACUGUGCCCUCAAGACUUCGGUGUAUGUGAGCCCAGUAAACCUCCUCCUCAUUUGUACCUCAGAGGACGAUCCAGAAGACCGUACAGUCUCUCUUAGUGAUGUAGCAGAGAGACCAUCCCAACAGGUGCCCUUGCGCAUGGUGUCAGUGAAUCUUGAAGACUGCUGUGGAAUGCUGGGGCCCGAUGGAGUUUAUAAGAUACAAACAGAAAACGAAGACCACAGUGAUGAAGGCAGCUCUGACUAUGACCAACACGAUGGUAACGAUGAUGACGAUGGAGACAGUCUUUUUGACCCCACUACUGAACUCCUGGACUCCUGUUCUGAUGAUGGAGACACCGCUUGUGCACCUGAGGAGCAAAGAAGAGAUGAACAGACAGAACAGACAGAGUCGGAGCAGAAGCUGCAUUCCUGCAGUGAGUGUGACAGGACCUUUCUCAAGCUGAACUCCCUGAGGGCUCAUCAGAGAAGACAUAAUGAAAAGACGUCCCCUCCUCAAAGUCCCUGUGAGUCUAAAAAACAAGAACAACGGUUACGCCUUGAGCGCAAAGGCCAGAAAGGCGAGAGAAAAACUGACCGUGUCAAGCUUCAUGAGUGCAGGGAUUGUGGAAAGGCAUUUUUGUUCCCAAGCCAGCUUUCUAUUCACCAGAAAGUGCAUAUCAGAAAAAAGCUGUCCGCUACUACCGUGUUGGAAAGCACGGCGUCAUCCAACAGGCCAUCGCCUCGCAAGAAAAGUCUCAAGUGUGCCCAGAAAUCUUGUGAGUGUAAAGAAUGUGGCAAACUGUAUUCAAGCGUUUCGAAUCUCCAUAGUCAUCAAAGAAUCCACACAGGAGAAAGGCCUUAUACAUGCACUGUAUGUAACAAGGCUUUUACACAGUUAGGCAACUUGCGUACACACCAAAGAAGGCAUACACAGGAUAGACCAUAUCAGUGUCCCCAUUGCCCAAAGAGGUUUAUAACAUCAUCUAAAUUAAAAAUACACAUACGGGUUCACAGUGGGGAAAGACCAUACUCGUGCACCGAGUGCACCAAGAGCUUCACCAGCUCGCAUGUGCUUAAGUCGCAUCAGAAAUGUCACAGAGAUGAUAAGCCUUUUCUGUGUUUGCAGUGCGGUAGAAGAUUCAAAUGGAGUUGCAACUUCAUCAGUCAUAGCAAAAGGCAUACAGGAGAAAAACCUCACCUCUGGAAGGAAGUGGACAUGUAA